UCUCUCUGCUCGAACCUCCGCAGCGCAAAAUCGCCGCCAUCAUCAUCAUCCUCCUCCUCCUCGUCACCGGUUCCGUCAGUCUGGAAAUGGGCUGUUGCUUCUCGCAGGACCUGGAAGACGACCGGGCGGCGGCCCGGGUGAUCUCCAUCACCGGCGAAUUGCACGAGUACAGCGUCCCCAUCAGGGUCUCUCAGGUCCUCGAAUCUGAGAGAUCCUCCUCCUCCUCCUCCUCCUCCUCCUCGUCCUCUUCUUCUUCGCGCUUCGUGUGCAACUCCGACUCGCUGUAUUACGAGGAGUUCAUCCCGGUCCUGGCCGACGAGGACGAGCUCGUGCAGAACCAGAUCUACUUCGUGCUCCCCAAGUCGAAGCUCCAGCACCGCCUGACGGCCUCGGACAUGGCGGCGCUCGCCGUGAAGGCCAGCGUCGCGAUGCAGGGGGCGUCGAGGAAAGGCGGGGGCCUCCGGCGGCCGCGGAGGAGGACGCAGAUCGCGCCCGUCCUGGUCGUUAAUCAGAGGGCCGUCUCGGACUACAGCGAGAUCAACGAGCACGGGGUCACGAGGAACGGCAAUAGGAUCGACAAGGCGGCUCCGGCGCUGCCCAGAUCCGGAUCGGUCAGGAAGUUGCAGAGGCAGUCGUCACGGAGGUUCAAGAGGGCGGUCCGUUCGUUUAGAAUUAGGCUGAGCACCAUCGAAGAAGGCACCGGGGUUCGCUCCUCCACUUUCUCCUGUAAUUAUUCGCGUUGUUGUCUUGUCUCGUCUCCUGUAAAAAAGAAGGAACGGAGAGGUUGUUCACAUUGAACCAUUUUGAUUACAAUGUGACGGAGUUUUUGACCGA